AUGGAGCCCCACCUGCUCGGGCUGCUCCUCGGCCUCCUGCUCUGUGGCACCAGGGUCCUCGCCGGCUACCCAAUUUGGUGGUCCCUGGCCCUGGGCCAGCAGUACACAUCCCUGGGCUCACAGCCCCUGCUCUGCGGCUCCAUCCCAGGCCUGGUCCCCAAGCAACUGCGCUUCUGCCGCAAUUACAUCGAAAUCAUGCCCAGCGUGGCCGAGGGCGUGAAGCUGGGCAUCCAGGAGUGCCAGCACCAGUUCCGGGGCCGCCGCUGGAACUGCACCACCAUCGACGACAGCCUGGCCAUCUUCGGGCCCGUCCUCGACAAAGCCACCCGCGAAUCGGCCUUCGUGCACGCCAUCGCCUCAGCCGGCGUGGCCUUCGCCGUCACACGCUCCUGUGCCGAGGGCACCUCCACCAUCUGUGGCUGCGACUCGCAUCAUAAAGGGCCGCCCGGCGAGGGCUGGAAGUGGGGCGGCUGCAGCGAGGACGCCGACUUCGGGGUGCUUGUGUCCCGGGAGUUCGCGGACGCACGUGAGAACAGGCCGGAUGCGCGCUCGGCCAUGAACAAGCACAACAACGAAGCUGGCCGCACGACCAUCCUGGACCACAUGCACCUCAAGUGCAAGUGCCACGGGCUGUCGGGCAGCUGCGAGGUCAAGACCUGCUGGUGGGCCCAGCCCGACUUCCGCGCCAUCGGGGACUUCCUCAAGGACAAGUACGACAGCGCCUCGGAGAUGGUGGUGGAGAAGCACCGGGAGUCCCGUGGCUGGGUGGAGACCCUCCGCGCCAAGUACGCGCUCUUCAAGCCGCCCACUGAGAGGGACCUGGUCUACUACGAGAACUCCCCCAACUUUUGCGAGCCCAACCCCGAGACGGGCUCCUUCGGCACCAGGGACCGGACUUGCAACGUCACCUCCCACGGCAUCGAUGGCUGCGACCUGCUCUGCUGCGGCCGCGGCCACAACACAAGGACGGAGAAGCGGAAGGAGAAAUGCCACUGCAUCUUCCACUGGUGCUGCUACGUGAGCUGCCAGGAGUGUAUCCGCAUCUACGAUGUGCACACCUGCAAGUAGGGAGCCAGGGCACUGGGAACGGGUGAAGUGUGUGGCUGGGCAGAUUCACCGAAGUCCUAUGGGAAGCGGGACCCAGAGCCGGGCUCAG